AUUCGUAAAGAAAUUAUCAGAACGUCUGAUCCUGUCCUGAAUGUGCUGAAUUUUAUUUGGAAAAGCUUGAUUUCCAGCUCCUCGCUGUCCACUGCUGGACAGGAUGAACGCGUCCAGCUUGCCAGUGUGCUGAUGAAGUGCAGGAUCUGUCUGGCAGAUUCCGAGGAAGACACAAUGAGUUCCUGUUAAACAUCCUGCCGAAGUGAGGAUUCCCUGAACGAGAAAGUUGAGUUUUGCUGCGGUAUCAAGGUCCGCCAAUCCUCUAUGAUGCCCGAAAAGGCCUGUGGCACCUGCAGCGAGUUCGUGCAAAUGUGGUUUAACUUUCGCCAGAUGUCUAAUUCGCAGGUGUACUGGGAAACAAAUUGUCCGGACUUGGAGAGACCGGAGGCUCUGGCCCAGGCCAGCGAUGGCGAAUACAUGGAGUACCUUUACGAAAAACUGCAGCUCAAUUUGCGCCCUGGAACGCACAACACAGAGGAGAUCGUCCAAGCGGUGGAGCAGGAAGAGCAGCUGGAGGAUGAAACCCAAGAUCUCGACGGGAUUAUCAUAAACGAACCGAUCGAGGACGAAAAUGAGCGUAAGGAGAACUCGGAACAAAUGUUGAUUUCCCACCUCGACGCCUAUGCUAAUGAGCCGGAAAUUGAGGAAAUCAUUGAAGAUAACGGUGAGCUCGUUGAUGACUCAAGCCUUCUGAACGACGAGUUCUAUGAGAUCGACUACGAGCAGGAGGAACUCCACCAAGGAGACUAUCUUUCGCUCACUCCCUCGCCUGAUCCAAGCUCCGAGCAGAACGAACGCAAGCGAGGAAGGCCCUCCAAGCCGGUCAAUGGCAGGACAGGAAGGCCCCGAAAGCCGGACCACGAACUCAAGUGCAAGCGCAGGGAGGUCAAACCCAAGAAAAAGGCGACAAAGUCUGCGAGCGAGGAUCAGUUUAUGUGCAAUUUGUGCGGCAAUAUGUAUAACAAGAAAUCAGCUUUCACGGCCCACAUGGUGACACAUUCGGAGUAUAAACCACAUCAGUGCGAAAUCUGUCCCAAAUCCUUUCGACAAAUGGGCGAGCUGCGGGCCCACAUUCGUCGUCACACGGGCGAGCGUCCCUACAAGUGCAUGUACUGCGAGCGCCACUUUUACGAUCGGAGCGAACGGGUCCGCCACGAGCGGGUGCACACCAAUACGCGUCCUUACGCCUGCCAGGAGUGCGGCAAGACCUUCACGCACACUGCCAUCCUCAAGAACCACAUACUGGUGCACUCCGGCGAGAGGAAUUACAACUGCGACGUAUGCUCCAAGUCAUUUACCCUGCUGCACCAGCUGAAAGCCCACCUGCUGACGCUCACACAUCGCACCAAAAUGGAGCAAGCCGUUUCCAGAGCCGCGAACUACAUGCAAAGUUAAUGCGCCACAACAGAUUUCCCAGUAGGCUAGAAAAAAUGUCACGUUUGUCAUAAACUAUUAUAUGUAUUUAUAAGCUA